AUGGCCCUUACUCACAUUGCACUCGUCAAGGCCGAGUAUGCAUACUCUCCUCAAACUGAAGACGAAUUAGAAUUGGAGGAAGAUGCACUCUAUUACUUGUUGGAGGACGAUGAUGCUGAAUGGCACAAGGUCAUGCUCAAGACCUCUCCAUCCUCGUCUGACCCUCCCAAGAUCGGCCUCGUCCCUGCGACCUAUAUACUUCCUGCGCCCGUUCUGCAAACAAUGAUGGCUUUGUAUGCUUAUGAAGCCCAGACGGAUGAUGAAUUGACAAUCUCUGAAGAUGAGAUCAUCGAUCUUUACGAGGAAGAUGGUGACUGGUCACUGGUUGGAAGACAAGGCGAUCAGGAAUCUCGUGGUGUAGGAUACGUGCCGACAUCCUACAUCGAGGCUAUUGAGAAACCCAACGCCGGAUCAUCCUCUGCACCUGCUGCGACCGACGCAAUGAUAUCCCCUCGGGAUACAACAAUGAACUCAAACCGCCCAGAUUCUGCCGGUGUUGCCGAAGUCAAGACGUGGGCAGUGACUGACAUAGAUCAAAAGAAAAAAAGAAAAGGCACGUUGGGAAUUGGGAAUGGGGCUUUGAUCUUUGCAAGUGAAAGUGAUAAGACUGGUGUGCAGCAGUAUUCGCUGUCCAAGGUUCGUGUGAUUAGGACUGAAAAGGGGAAACACUUGAUACUUCAAUGCGAGAACGAGGAGCGUCAUUUUCAAGUAGCAAGCCAAGAUUUGGAUGAAAUGGUCUCUAGAAUCGAACAAGGGCAUCAAGCUUUGUCAACUCAAGCUACUCCCACUUCCACUCCAUCCAAAAUCAAAGGAGUCGUCAGUCCGACCACCUCGCUUACGCCUUCCUUUCGCCCACCUUCAGCCAUGGCCAAUCCUGAUCGCCCGUCUGGUCAAAAUGGACGCAAAGUCUCAUUUGUGGAACCAGUUGGCAAACCGGCUACAGCUUUAUAUGACUUUGACGCUCAAGGAGAUGAUGAAUUAACCGUACGGGAAGGCGAAAGGAUCCAUGUACUAGACGAUACGAGUGACGAUGAUUGGUGGAAAUGUUCGAGGAUGUCAAAUGGUGAAGAGGGUGUUGUGCCUGCCACUUACAUAGAAACAGAUGAAGGUCAACCUUCUGGUAACCCUGAAGCCGCCGACGCUGCGAUGACCGCUGCCGCUGCUGACGAGGCAAAGCGCCGCCGCGUGCAAGAAGAGGAAGACGCUCGACUUGCGCAACAACUUGCUGAUCAAGAAGACUCAGAUUAUCACCGAGCCAAUGCAAGGGUUGCAGAUCGCAAACUGGUGGUUGCUCGAGAAGCUGAGCAGAACAGGCUCUUGGAGGCUGAAGCAGCAGCUCGCCGAAAACGUGAAUCCGAAGCUAGAUCUACACAAAGAAGAGAGGCGGAACGAGCCAUGACUAAUCCGGGCCUCGCAACUGGCCCGACGCCUCCAAAGUUGACUGCACGUCCUGAUUCAGCUCAGGGCAAUCGUAUCCAGCCUGGUGGUCCUGCGCCUCCCAAGCGUCCAGAAUCUGCGCCUCGAGAGGGAAAGACCAAGCCACAAGGGCAGAUUCGCACAUGGCGUGAUCGGACGGGGCAAUUCAAAGUGGAAGCCGAAUUCCGAGGCUUACAAAACGGAAAGAUCAGACUUCACAAACUCAACGGAGUCAUCAUAGAAGUUCCCUUAUCCAAGAUGUCGAACGAAGAUGUCAUAUGGUUGGAGGGCGCUACUGGGAGAUCACUUCGGGGUGUUGAUCCUGAUGACUUGCCUCUGGCCAAAUUGGCCAUCAAAAACUCGUCCGGACCGAGCGGCGCCUCGAAACCCUCAUCCAGUACUAGUGCAACAUCCAAACGACCUUCCGGGCCUACCAAGAAGCCCACCGACUGGUUUGACUUUUUCUUGUCAGCAGGAUGCGAUUUGGACGAUUGUACAAGAUAUGCGACCAAUUUCGAACGAGAUCGAAUUGAUGAAAGCUUGUUGACUGAACUAGAACCUGCUACAAUGCGGAAUUUAGGCUUGCGCGAAGGUGAUGUAAUCAGAGUCAAGAAGCACAUUAAAAGUAAAUAUGGUAGCUCACCUAGUGGCCCAGGGAACCCGCAAGACGAGCAGAUUCGCAAGGAUGAGGAGCUGGCGAGACAACUCUCAGGACAGAGUCCAUCUUCCGGGCAUAAUAUAUUCACUAGUGGGCCAAACGGUUCUUUGAAGACUACCCGUAGAGGGCGACCCACACCUAAUCGGACGGGAUCUUCAACUGUCGAUCUGGACACCCUCACUACGGCUCGGGAAAUGUUAUCGGAAGCACCACCACCAGCAGCUACUCCUCAGAUCCUAGUUGAACCGAUUUCGGAGCCUGCGAAUCCUGGCGCCAAACUAGCGAGCAGUGGUUUUGAUGAUGAUGCAUGGACGGUCAGACCUAAUUCUACCACCCCUCAAAUUCCAGUAUCACAGUCAACCACUCCCUCUCAUGACCCCGCACCAGUCUCGAAUCCUGCCCCUGUUCCCGCCCCCGCCCCCGCUCCUCUCAUUGAAAUGGCGACACCUCAAGCCAGCACACCUCAAUCCUCCCUCACGGAUCAAAUAUAUGAGAAGAUCAUGAAUCAUGGUCAACAAGCACGAGCGCCUGUGUCCGCACCUCCUGCACCACCGUCUUUAAGUCAUGGUCCAAGUAUGAUGGUCUCACAGCCUACCGGAUUCAAUCCCAAUGGGCCUAGAGGCCCCUUAGCUCCUGUUGCUUCCAAUGCCCCCUUGCUCAAUCCGUUGAUCCCGACCAACACGGGUAUGACUGGGUUCAUCCCUACUCGACCGAUUCAAUCUCAGCCAACUGGUUUCGUGCCCCAGCAACAGCUUAUGCAACACAACAUGAUGACGGGUAUGUCCUCACAGCCGACCACUAUGGCAAUGCAACCUACAGGGAUGGGUCCGCAAUCCAUGAUGGGAAAUGGUACAUUGCAGCCUCAAGGUAUGGGUAUGAUGCAGCCGCAAGCGACAGGGAUGGGCUUCAUGCAGUCACAACCUACAGGCAUGGGGAUAGGGAUGGGCAUAAGUCCUCAGAUGACCGGAUAUGCACCCGGUUUUCAAUCUGCUCCUCCGCCUCCGGUUCCCAGCAUCCCUAGCGCAUAUUCAUCUGCCCCUCAAUCAAUGCCGGCAAAGAGUUUCAACCCAAGUGACGUAUUUGCUUCAAUGAAAACUGGUCAGUUCACGUCUGGAAAUGGUGAUGCAGGCCCUCAAGAUCCCAACAAGUACAAUGCGCUUCGAGCACCGCAAACUCCAGUCGGUAUGAUGGGUACAGCGAAUAAUAGCUUCACUCAACAAUUUAUGCCUACACAACCUGGUAUGAUUCAACCACUACAACCACAACCGACUGGGUUCGCACCUGGUGGUUAUAUCAUGCCACAACAAACAGGAAUGCCAAUGCAGAAUAAUAUGAUGUAUCCUAAUCAACAGCAACAACAACAGCAACAGCAACAGCAAUGGCGAGGGUACUGA